GACAUGAGCAGGACGCCUCAUGUCCUCCACCUUUAGAGAAAGGGUGCAUUAGACAGCAGAGACGCUGGUUGGUGCGAGGGCGCCGUCUGUGUUGUCGUCUACUGACGGUCACCAUGGGGAGCAACAAGAAGGUGUGGAACAGGAGGCAAAGUCUCUUUCCCAACUACAAAGUCACAGACUCGGAUGCUAAUCGAAGACCUUCUGAGCUCGUUUACCCACUAGCCAAGGAAAGCUGUGUGAAGACAUGGACCUCCAUGCAGGAGCUGACCAGAGACAUCUAUAACAUUUACUCUGAGUAUGAGGAUGAAGAUGAUGAAGGUGGUGCUCCAUAUGGUUUCUCCAAGCAAAUAUCACCCAACAAGAACUAUUCGAUCAACAUCAAUGUAGGGGGGAAGUCCUACCAGAUAGCCUACAAGAUGGCAGCAAAGUACCCCAAGACCAGAAUUGGACGUCUUGCCACCUACACAGACCACAACAUGAAGCUGGACCUGUGCGACGACUACAUCGUGACCAACAACGAAUACUUCUUUGACAGGGACCCAGACGUCUUCCACAGCAUCUUCAACUUCUACAGGACGGGCGUGCUGUGCAUCAAAGAUGAGCUGUGUCCUCGAAACUUCCUGGAGGAGAUCAACUACUGGGGCGUGAGGAUCAAGAACACGAGCCGAUGCUGCCGCAUCUCCUUCGAGGAGAGGCAGGACGAGCUGAACGAGCAGCUGAAGAUCCAGAGGGAGCUGGAAGCUGAGGUGGAGAUCGAGGAGAACGAGGAGCUGUUCCAUGACAUGUUCAUGGGCCAGACACGUCGAGCCAUCUGGAACUUGAUGGAGAAGCCUUUUUCUUCGAUCAAGGCCAAGCUGAUGGCUUUGGCCUCCAGUCUGUUUGUCCUGAUUUCCCUGGUGGCCAUGACCCUCAACACGGUGGAGGAGAUGCAGUACAAAACUCACACGGGCCAACUGAGCGGCAAGACCUACUGCGAGUACGUGGAGUCCAUCUGCAUCGCCUUCUUCACCAUGGAGUACCUGCUGCGCCUCAUAUCCACGCCUGACCUCAGAGCGUUCAGCCGGAGCGUGCUCAACACCGUGGACCUGAUCGCCAUCCUGCCUCAGUACCUGCAGGCCGUCCUGGAGUUCUUUGACAGCGAGGAAAACUACAUGAAGCACGAGGCCGACAUGCAGGCUGUGGGCCAGGUGGGGAAGCUGGGGCAAGUGUUGAGGAUCAUGAGACUGAUGCGAAUCUUUCGUAUCUUGAAGCUGGCGCGUCACUCCACUGGUCUGAGGGCGUUUGGCUUCACCCUGCGACAGUGCUACCAGCAGGUGGGCUGCCUCUUCCUCUUCAUCGCUAUGGGCAUCUUCACCUUCUCUGCCAUGGUUUUUACCGUGGAGCACGACAUGCCGCAGACAAACUUCACCAGCAUACCUCACGCGUGGUGGUGGGCCGCUGUGAGCAUCUCCACUGUGGGCUAUGGGGACGUGUACCCAGAGACCAUACUGGGUCGAGUGUUCGCCUUCGUUUGCAUCGCUUUUGGAAUCAUCCUUAAUGGCCUGCCGAUCUCCAUCCUCUUCAACAAGUUCUCAGACUAUUACUCCAAACUCAAGUCCAAUCAGUACACCGCCUACCGGAAGAAACGAGGGAAGGUGAAGUUUGCAACGAGGACAGUGAAAAAGCUUGAACUGUGUCUUAGAAACCAAUGAUUUGUUUUUUAAUGAGGAUUUCAUAUGGUUUACUGUUAAACUAUGCAUGUAACUGGUAUGAGAAGAGGUUUAUUAUAUCAAUGAGCUGCUUUUUCAGAGGAGAUAUGAGCUUGUAGCUGUCUGCAGCUUCUACAGGCCAGUUAUUGUAAUUAACAAAAGACAGAAAUGAAG